UUAUUUAUCUGCAACGAUAUUUUAUAACGAAACGUACUUUAACUGUUUUAUAUUAUUUAUUUAAAAGUUAUUGGAUCAUACAAUAUUUGAAAAAAUGUCGUAUCCAAUAAAUAGAAAACCAUUAUUGAGUGGUGUGACAAGUGACAGCGAAUUUGACGAAGAUAAUGAAACGGAAAUUGAUGACUCUAGUGUCUCUGUACCAGAUAGAAAACCAUUUUUUAAACCACAACCUGUAGAUAGAUAUAAUUUAGCGUAUAUUGUUUUUUAUUUACUUGGAAUAAAUACUUUAAUACCAUGGAGUUUUUUCAUUACUGCCGAUGAUUAUUGGAUGUACAAAUUUCGCCAAAUUCAUCCGAAUAACAGCGGAAGUAAUAAUUAUACGCACACAGAAAUAUUAGAAAAUAAAACAGAUUUGCAAGUUAGUUUUACAUCGUACCUAAAUGUAUCCAGUGCAUUACCUAAUAUGUUAUUUUUAAUAAUCAAUACAUUUCUUAGUAAACGACUGUCUCAAAAAUUCCGCAUGAUAUCGUCGCAGUUAUUAAUAUUUAUUAUGUUUAUUGUAACGACAGUGUUUGUUAAAAUAAAUACCGACGAAUGGCAAAAUACAUUUUUGAUAAUAACUUUGACAACUGUGGCAUUUGUUAACGCACUAAGUGCAGUAUUUGGUGGUACUUUAAUGGGUAUCGUCGGGCGUUUUUCACCAAAAUACAUAACUGCAAUGUCAGGAGGACAAGCCCUAGGUGGAAUAUUUACAGCUCUAACUGAAAUAUGUUCACUGUGGAUUGGUGCCAGUCCUGUAGUAUCCGGUUUAGUUUAUUUUAUAAUAGGCGAUGUUGUACUUUUAUUUUCAUUUAUCGCUUACAUUAUCUUGGAAGAAGAAGAAUUUUUCAAACAUCAUAUGCUACUGAAACAACAAGAAGAGCCAAAUUUUUCAGUUAACGCAGAAGUUAGUUUUGUUGAUGAGCCUAGAAUAUCGUAUAGACGAAUACUAAAAAGAAUACUCCCAUAUGGAUUGACAAUGUUUUUAGUAUUUUUUGUAACCAUGGCAGUUUAUCCAGCAGUUACUGUAUUAGUUGAGAGUCAAGGCAAAGGUCAAGGGUAUGCUUGGAAUGACAUUUAUUUUGUACCAGUCGUUACUUAUCUCACAUUUAGUUGCGGGGAUUAUAUUGGACGGCUUUUAUCCGGAAUACUCUUAUGGCCAAAAAAAAAACCGUGGGUGGUUGUGAUUCUAAGUUUACUUAGAGUUCUAUUUAUUCCAGCAUUCAUGCUUUGUAAUGCUCAACCACGUCAUUAUCUACCAGUUUAUGUAAAUAGUGAUAUUUGUUAUAUAUUAUUGACAAUAUUAUUUGCUACUGGUAAUGGAUAUUUGUGUAAUAUUGCAUUUAUAUUAGCUCCGACUGUUGUUGAGCCACAAGAUAAAGAAGUUGCCUCGACAAUGAUGGGAGCUUUUCUCGGAUUAGGAAUUACGACUGGCUCAGCACUAAGCCUCGUACUAAUUAAAUGUCUUUAACGUUACAUCUUAAAUAUAAUUAAUAGAACAAUUUUUUUUUUAAUUAUUAUUAUUUAUUAACGUUGUAAUUUUUAAGGCAUCAGCUACCGAUCAAUUUUUUUAAAUGUUUUUAAAAGUUUAUUAGUUUAUAACUUUAAAUGUUAAUAUAAUUCCUAAUUUUUUUUUAUUCAACUAACGCACAAUUUUAAACAGAGACAAAUAUAAUAAUUUUAUUAAAUUCAUACACUGUAAAAAGUCAUCGGGUUAAGUCCAAGAGGUGUAGGUGUUAAAAUCGGCGGUGUUAAAUUUCAACACCGAAAGCGAUGUUAAAAUAACGCCACCGCCGGUGUAGAUAUUCUUUACCGGUGUUAAAAUAUUUUACUUUGUGAAUAUUUUUAUUUACUCGAUUACUAUACUAGUUAAUAAAUGAUAUUUUUUAUUAAGUUUCAUAAGGAACUGACAUUUUUUGUGUUUUAUAAUCUUUAAAGUUAAUACUACAAGCGGAAGCAGUGUACCCCGCUUUUAUACCGCCGAAUUACGCCUCUUACACCGGUGUAAUUUCAUUUUAACACUGAGCGACGUUAAAAUGAGUCCAUUUUUAACACCGCUCUUUUUACAGUGUAUAAUUAUUUUAUAGAUUACGCAUAAAUGAAUCUCAUUUUAUUUAUUUAAAUAUUUUUGAAGAUAAGAAAAUUUAAAAUGCAUAAUUUUUAUCCUUAUGGAGUAAAUUAAAACAUAUAUUUUUAUAAAAUAUUGUCAUUAUAUGAAAUGAUGAAAAAAAAAAGAAAUAUUUUGUCUAAAUUUUAAUUCAUAAUAUCAAAGAUGAUUGUCUUGGUGCAAAGCUUUUAUUGUCAGCACUUUAAAAAUCUUCUCUUAUAUUUUACAUUUUGGACUUGGCUAUGACUGAAACAACGCAAAUAGUCAAGCUCACAGUUUCCAAAAUAUCUUCUUUUGAUCAUAAUAACUCAUUAUAAUGACAAUACUAUUCAUCUUCAUACUGUAAUUUCUUUUUCUUGGGUAAUUUAUUAUUUUAUUUCAACUACAUCAGUUUGGACAUGUGCGUCAGACCCGUUUUUUAUUUUGUUUUUUUAAUUAAAACAAAAUUUUACCUUCAUGUAUAUUUUAUUUUUUAUUUUAAUUUAUUUAAAAUAGUUACCAAUUGUUUGUACAGUUAAAAAUAAAAUAUAUAUUAUAACUUUGCGACCAAAUCGUAAAAAUAUGAGAUAAUCAUAUCAAUAAAAAUAUGUCUUAAUUAUUUUUAUUUAUGAAAAAUAUUUAAAUAGAUCCAAAAUUUUAUUAAAUGAAGUAAAUUUGUGUCUAGUCUAAGAAUGUUUAAAAGAAAGUAUAGGCUUCCUAAAAUACCAUAGCUUAAAGUGAAGUAAAAAUAGUAUUUAUUUAAUUAUUAGUUAAUACUAAAACUUAUUACAACCGUUUAA